AGGUAGUUAGUUGGUCAGCCGUUCUCAGUCUCAGACUGGAACUGACUGAUGCAUCAGUGGGAACCUAUAUUACAUUUUGCAUUCUGCUCAAAGGAGCACUGAAACCCGUGACGUCCGGAGAGGGAGGGCUCCGCUUUCACCUUAAAUAUCAGGCGCACACUGUAGUUCAGACAGACGCAACAGAGCACACUAAGAACUAUCGAACGGUAGCCUACUGUUAAAUACAACUUUGGCUGAAUCUAUCAAACGAAACGAAGUGUCCGAACACAUUUGACUCUAUUUAGGCUACUUUAGAAUCAUGAUCAAAAAAAUGUCUCCUUCAGAGAACGAUUUCGAUAUCCCAGCAAAGAAUUGCUGCAGGAUGGUGAUUUUGGGAUCCACCAAGGUGGGCAAAACAGCCAUCGUGUCCCGGUUUCUGAACGGAAGAUUCGAUGAGGAGCAGUACACGCCGACCAUCGAGGACUUUCACAGGAAACUGUAUAGCAUUAAGGGAGAUGUAUACCAACUGGACAUAUUGGAUACCUCAGGCAACCACCCGUUCCCUGCAAUGAGGAGACUAUCCAUACUGACAGGUGAUGUCUUUAUCCUGGUCUUCAGCUUAGACAACAGAGACUCUUUCCAGGAGGUGCAGAGGCUCAAGCAACAGAUAAUUGAGACCAAGUCGUGCCUGAAAAACAAGACCAAGGAGAACAUUGACGUUCCUCUUGUUAUCUGCGGAAACAAGGGCGACCGGGAGUUUUACCGGGAGGUGCAGAAGGAAGAGAUUGAGCAGUUGGUGGCGGGAGACGAGCAGUGCGCAUACUUUGAGAUCUCAGCCAAGCGCAACACCAACGUGGAUCAAAUGUUCCAGACUCUAUUCACCAUGGCCAAGCUGCCCAAUGAGAUGAGCCCGGACCUCCACCGUAAGGUCUCGGUGCAGUACUGCGACAUGCUUCGCAGUAAGUCCCUGAAAAACAAGAACAAGAAGGACAAUGGAGACGCCUACGGCAUCGUGGCACCAUUCGCCCGGCGCCCGAGCGUCCACAGUGAUUUGAUGUACAUAAAGGAGAAGGCGAUCGGCGGACAGGGAAAGGAUAAAGAGAGAUGUACUAUCAGUUAAGACUGAGAUUAAUCUUAUAGAUCUUGAAACCAAAAAGGGUGUGCUUCAUUUGUGAUGCACCUGACAGACGGGGCUUGGGCGCGCAAGGCUGCCCAUGCCGCUUACCGUCGCUCGGUAGUGAGGACACUUGAGACAGCGAUGCCCAGAGCGGAUGUGCUCCGGGCGCAAUGACACUGACUAGAUUCAGACACUCCGCACACGUGGAAGCGCAUGUCCACGAGACUUUUAAGAAUGUUACUUUGUUCUGUUAAGAGCCUUUUGUGAUGUGGCUUAAAAUAUUGUGAUAUUCUUCACAAAUACGUAAAAUGUAUUGUUUUGACAUCAGCCUUUACAGAUAGGCGAGAAAAGAUCAUUCUGGCGUGUGCAAUGUUGAGAAUAGUUUUACAUUUUGUAACACAUUUUAUAACAGAUAAUUCAUACUUGAUUGUUGCAACCAGAAACAUUUAAUAUUGUGAAUGUAUAUUUUGUGUCAGUCAACUUUUGCACAAAAAAAAUAAAACUGAAAAAAAUAAACACACAUAAUCUGAA